UGCGAGAGCGCCGUCAAUGAGAAAUCACUGAAAGCUCUGCACGGUGAUAACUACAGCUUGCUAACAGCGAAUUCUUUUUUUAUUUUCACGGAGAUCUGGGUCAGUCUUUCCUCUCCAAGAAUUGGAUGUCUCAAGAAAUUGCUUUCUUGGAUUUAAAUUGCAUUCUUGCUAACUCGCUAGUCGCAGGUUUUAGCUAGCUUGCUAGCUAAUAGCUAGCCAAAACAUUUAUUUUGCACUUUAAACAUAACUAGCAUCAGCGGCUUUUCGAUGCGAAGUCGCCAGAAAAAACUUCAAACUGCUUGUUAUUUUCCUUCGAAUUGUAGUUAGUGAACAGUUCGCUAGCUAUCAUUACUAACAUAGCUAACUAGCUAGCUAGUUAGGUAGCUAAGUUAGCUAGCUAGUAGAGCUAGCUAGCAAAGUAUGUUCUCCUGUUUUUGCUAGCUGGCUAGCUAGCUGGCUAGCAAGCUAACAGACAAACAAUUAUCGGGCAUCAGUUUCUUCUAGCAGCGCUUUAAUUUUGAAGUUCUGUUAUGUGUUUGGAUUGCUAAUUUGAAAACAAAUUCUGCUCAUGGAGCAAGUGUAUGCUUAAUUUCUAUUCCAGAUAGCAAACUCGCUACCCAACAAAGGCUGCUUGUGUGUAAUGUUAAUAUUUUCGUGAUUGUUUGCUAAGCUGGUUAGCCACUUACUGCGACUGCUCGCCUGAUUUGUCAUUAGUUACGGGUACAUUUCAGAAAAGAUUAGGGAGAAGACUUUCUGCCUUUGUUUCUUCGUGCAACAAUCUUUAUUUUGAAACCUGCCAAAGCCCAAUUUGUGAACAUUAAGUCGAGAGAAGCAAGCAACACAAGAAGAGAAUCAUUUGAUGGAAGAAAAGAAAAAGAAAAAGCAAGAAGAGAAGAAAAAGAAGGACAGUGCUCAGAAAAAGGCUGCUGAACAGAAAACCAAAGUGCCAGAAUCUGCCAAGCCCAGCCCCAGCCCUCCCCAGCCUGCCACGCCCAGCGCCACUCCCGCGGUCUCCACGGUUACCAGCAAUGGCAAGCGCCCCCCCAGCAGUGUCCCGCAGCAGCCGGCCGCGCCGCGUUACCCACCCCGAGAGGUGCCCCCGCGAUUCCGCCAGCUCGAGCACAAGCAGCUACUGAAGAGGGGCCAGCCACUGCCCGCGGGGGCCCUGCCUCUCGCCCCGGCCCCGCCCGGGACCCUCUCCCCCCCGCACACCGCCCCCGGCCUCCCCCAGCCCUCCAGCCAGCGGCACGCAGAGCUGCCCCUCCAGAGUGGCCCGGGAGCGCAGUAUGAGCCCCCCCACUGGGGUGUCCCGCCCAGCAGCCAGAGCGACAGCAGCAGCAGCUGGGAUCAAGUGAUCAUCGACGACAGCGACACCGAGGCGUGGCCUUCCAUUUCCCGCGGCGACAGCCACGCGCCUCCAGAAUGCGCCGCGGACACUGAGCGCGCCGCCCACCUCAGCAGCAGCAGCAGCAGCAGCAGUAGCGCGAGCAUGGCCACAGGGGGCGCCCAGCAAGGCCACUUCCCCGCGCACCACCCCGGGAACAAAGCCGGCGCCGGCCACCCCGGGAGCUCCGGGCCCGGCCCGGGCGGGGCGAGCCGGGGCUGGAGCUCCGGCGCCGCCCACUGCCCCCCCGGCGCCGGCGGAGAGGGCAAACCGGACGGCCCGGCCGCGCCGGCCAGGGCCCAGCCCUGCUGGAACUCCUCCAACUUCAACCUGAACCUGAACCCCAACGCCAACCCCGCCGCUUGGCCAGUGCUGGGACACGAAGCGAGCGGCAUGGGGGGCAACGGCGGCCCCCCUCCCAAUCUCUGCAGCCCCACGGGCGCCGCGCCGGCCCCGGGCAGCAACGGCAAUACAGGCAACGGCGCCUGGGGGGACAUGAUGGGCCCCGACGCCUCGGAGCCCCACCCCUGCCCAUCCACGAAUGUGUCUUUCAGCACGGAACCUCAGAACCUUAACACUGACGGACCAAACCACACUAAGCAGGAGCCGCUGAGCCCCGGCCCAAACCUCCCCAGCUGGGGCGGUCUCCCUGCGGGCAUGGGCUCCCUCGCCCAGCCCCCCGCCGGCGCCUCGCAGGUUAACGGCGAGGGAGGCUCCGUUUGGGGCAACGGGGAAGCCAAGCCGGCCGGCUCCAAGGACUCUGGCUGGGACCCCCCGGCCGCCGGGGGCCCCGGCAUGCUCGGCGCCUGGGGCCGCGGCGGGAACGGGAACGGGAGCGGGGCCUCGUCGGCCUGGGGACGGGCCGGGGGCGGAGACUGGGGCAAGCAUUCCAGCGAGGCCAAAGGAUGGGAGGGGGCGGGCAGCCCCCCUCAGGAGCAGCUCAACUCCUGGAGCCGCCCGGCCAACGCGCCCACCAGCGAGGGCAGCGGCGACAGCCAGGAGGGCCGCGGCCCACGCCGGGACCGGACGCCCAGCGAGGAGCCGGCCCCUCCGCCGCCCCUGCCCCGCCAGGACCUGGACCCGCGGGUGCUGUGCAACACGGGCUGGGGGCAGACCCCCGUGCGCCAGCACACCGUGUGGGACAUGGAGGAAGCGGCCCGCGCCGACCGCAAGAGCCACACCGGCACCGAGGCCUGGGGCUCCUCCCCGGCCAACCCCAACGCCAGCUCCGGGGCCACGGGGCCCAACGGGGGCGGCCCCGCUCCCAGGCCCGACUCGGGCGGGAAGGCUGAAGCGCCCGGCCCCGGUGGAUGGGGGGCCCCGGCCCCCGUGUCUAACCAGCCCAGCUCUGGGUGGGGCGAGCAGCCCCCCGCCAAAAAAGUGCCCAACGGAUCCGCAGGCUGGGGUGACGCUCCGCCCGGAGGCCCCAACGCCAGCGCCCCCAAAGCCAGUCAGUCCUGGGGUCCCGAGGAGAAGUCCCCAAGCUGGGACGACCCCCCUGCCAAGCCCAAAGCUCAGAACUGGAGCGAGGGGCCCAAACCGUCCCACAGCUGGGGCGGGAACGGGGGCGGCGGGAACGGAGGGGAGUGGGGGGAGCCAGCGGAGGGGAAGAGGAACGGAAUGGCCGGCACCCCCUGGGAGGGGGACGGCGGCGGCGGCGGCAGCUGGAAGGAGAACCCUCGGAGCUGGGGCAAGGGGGCUCCGGGGCCCGGCGGAGGAUGGGGCGAGACCCAGCGCCCGCCCCCCCCGCCGCCUCCACAGAGCUGGGGAGGCAAGCCGCCGGACGGCCCCAGCUCUAACGGCAGCUCCGGGGGCAGCGCGGGGUCCUGGGGCGGCCCCGGCUCGGUCAAGCAGAGCGGCUCUGGCUGGAGCGGAGGCGCGGGCCCCGGGGGCAACGGGGCCAAGCAGGAGCCCGGGGGCGAGCCCACGGGCUGGGAGGAGCCCUCCCCUCCCUCCAUCCGCCGCAAGAUGGAGAUCGACGACGGCACAUCCACCUGGGGCGACCCCAACACUUACAACAAGACCGUCAACAUGUGGGACAAGAACAACCCCGUGGUCCAGAGCAACCCGCCACCCAACGCCAACCCCCCGCCGCCGCCCAGCAACAACAACAACAACCACCACCACAACCACAACCACCACCACCACCAUCACCCACACCACCCGCACCACAACCAGCCCCCUGUCCAGAACCACGGCAACAAUAACGGCUCACCCAACGCACCCCCUCCUCACCAGCCCGGACCCCCACCCAACCGGCCCCCUCUAGUGGCUCCAGGCUGGGGCGACCUGCCCAAUGUCCAGCCCAAAGCAGACCCCUCUUGGGGGGAGCCUCCCGCCCCGGCCCCUUCGGUGGACAACGGCACCUCUGCCUGGGGCAAGCCCCCCGGCAGCGGGACCUGGGGGGAGGGCGGGCACGACGGCCCCGGGCCCUACGGCAGGGCCGGCGCACCACCAGGAUCCGCGCCCUGCAAGCCAGCCCCCAAACCUAUGCAAGACGGCUGGGGAGGCGGCGGGGAGGAGCUCGGCAUGGCGGCGGGCCAGUGGGACCCUGACGAUGGAGACAUGUGGAACAGCCCCGCCUCCCAGGAGAGCAACUCCUCCUGCAGCUCCUGGGGGAACCCGUCCAAGAAGGGCCCUCCCAAGGGGAAGGGGCCUAACAAGCAGGACGAUGCCUGGAUCAUGAACCGCCUGAUCAAACAGCUCACUGACAUGGGCUUCCCGAGAGACCCGGCUGAGGAGGCUCUGAAAAGCAACAACAUGAAUCUGGAUCAGGCAAUGAGCGCCUUGUUGGAAAAGAAGACGGAACUGGACAAGCGGGGGAUGGGAAUUUCUGACUACAACAACGGCCUGGUCAGCAAAGCGCUGGGCUGCCGGCCCCCGGCCAUCUCCAAAGAGUCCUCCUCAGACCGUACCCCCUACUUAGACAAGGAUGGCGGCCUGGUGGAAGACGCCCCAACCUCACCGUUUAUGCCUUCUCCCAGCCUGAAGCUCCCGCUGUCCAGCUCCGGCCUCCCCAGCCAGGGCCUGGGGGGGGUCGCUUCUGGGCUGGCCAUGCAAAACCUGAACAACAGACAGCCACGGCUAACCCCCCCUCCCUCGCGCGGUGUCUCCCUCACAGGUAAACUAUCCGACAUGAAGUCCACCUGGUCCCCCGGGCCCAUCUCCCACAGCCAGGCCUCGCUGUCCCACGAGCUCUGGAAGGUUCCGCAGGGCCCGCGAAACAGCACGGCCCCCUCCCGCCCUCCCCCGGGCCUGACCAACACCAAGCCCUCCUCCACCUGGGGCGGCAGCGCCCUGGGCCUGGCACCCGGCUGGUCCGGCUCCUACUCCUCGGCAGGUACUACUUGGAGCACAGACAGCUCCAGCAGGACCUCCAGCUGGCUGGUCCUGAGGAACCUCACUCCUCAGAUCGACGGGUCGACCCUGCGGACGCUGUGCAUGCAGCACGGGCCCCUCAUCACAUUCCACCUCAACCUGACCCAGGGGAACGCCGUGGUGCGCUACAGCUCCAAGGAGGAGGCCGCCAAGGCCCAGAAGUCCCUGCACAUGUGCGUGCUGGGAAACACCACCAUCCUGGCGGAGUUCGCCGGGGAGGAGGAGGUGAACCGUUUCUUUGCACAAGGUCAGUCCCUGACUCCCACCACCAGCUGGCAGCCCAACCCGGGAACCAAUCAGACGCGGCUGGGGGGCGCGGGGGCGUCGCACGCCAUGGGCCACUGGAACAGCGGCGGCCUGGGCGGGGGCGGGGCCAAGGCCGGCAGCGACCUGCUUUGGGCCGGGGUCCCUCAGUACUCCAGCCUGUGGGGACCCCCCAGCGGAGAGGAGGCCCGGGUCAUCGGCAGCCCCACCCCAAUCAACACUCUGCUUCCCGGGGACCUGCUGAGCGGGGAGUCCAUGUAGGAGAGGAACGCGGCGCGGAACGACACCCGAGCGGGAAAACCGAGCGAAAUCAUGUGACGAUAAUCAGAUAAUCAGUAUCUCGUGUAACUGUGAACCAGGACCCAGACGGCUCGGGCGGAUCCCCCCUCCCCCCCCCGCUGCUGCUCUUCCCCCCCCCCCUCGUCCAUCGUUCUUUUGCGUUUACUCCUUCUUUUUCUGUUUUCAGAAAGGGCGGGGUUCAAGUGUUCAAAGCCGCUGUCUUUGCAGAAGUGAAACAAAAGCUAUGACUUCAACAAAGGAAAGAGAACCAUGUAGUGAUUACCUUUUUUUUCUCUUCUUUUUUUUUUAAAGUAACUGACAUUCAUUGUGAAGUGUUUUUAUGAGAAGUGAAAUAACAAGCUGCCAUUUUAAGCUUCCCUUUGGCCUUCCCGCCUCAUGACCCUUACCCCCCCGAAACCCCCCCCUCAAAACUCAUCAUUCCAAGCAUGUCCCUGGCCUAGGAAGUGGUUCAUGUACUAUUUUAUGUUGUUUUGUUUGUUUCUCAGCACUAAUAUUAGCCUUAAGCGCUCUCUCCAACCCAGGUGUUCCUCAUGCUUUUUUACAUACUGAAGAAAUGAAUGGAGAAUUGCACAGUCCCAUUUCUGAGCCAGCAGUCUGAAGGAGAGGCAGUGAGAACAACGUUUCCUACAGUAAGGCCCGUCCCCACCGACGCCAGCUCUUACUCUAGCGCGUUUUUUUUCGUUUUUAUUUUCGUUAAAGGGAGUUACACUGCUGUUUUGUUUCUUAUAUUCAGGCUGUUUUUAUAUCUAUCGCAACAUAAGCUGAGAGAAUAUUAUUCAAAAAAACAUAUGUUAAUCUGGCUGAGGGUGUGCGUGUUUGUGCGUGCGUGCGUGCGGGAGCGCGUGUGUGUGUCCAGCGCUUAAUUUUACUGUCCGUACGUCCUAUUAUACCACUGCUCUACAGAACUGUAACACUUGUUGAACCCUCUUGAACCCUACCACACCGUGUUUAAGGACUACUCGCUAUUCUGAUUUCAUUUAGUUUUUUUGUUUUGUUCCUGAAUCAAGUCCUCAGUCUCAUGUGGUCCGCCAGUUUCUGAAAAGAAAAGAAAAAAAAAAACCUUCACCCUUCAAGUGAUGCGUUGUGCAAUAUUAACGCCAGAGACUUCCGUCCACCGUUACACUCAACAGAAGCUGGUUGCCGUUAUUCUUUCGUUAUUCUCUUUUUUGUUUUUAGGGGUCGUUUUGAGAACUUUGGAACUGCAGAAAUCCUACCCUCCCGAGCCCUGGUGCCCUCCCCCGCUCCUCCUCCCCCCACCCCCCCCCCCCCCCCCUCCCAAAAACUGUUGUGUGAAUCCAGUGGAACAGCUGAGGUCCCCUGGACCGCGUGGGUCUGGACCGACAUGGGCGCCGCGGGCAGACUGAGCGUACUUCCUCGGCCGCACACAGCAGGGACUGUACGGGGGGAGAACAGGGCCGGAGACCUGGCACAAUACCAAAUAAGAGGAGUUUCUCAAUGCAGUAGAUUAAAAGAGUGUUCCUUGCAUUUGGUACAAAUGUACGAAACAAAAAAAAAAAAAAAAAAAGACUUUUGAAAAGGGGUAGUUUGUUAUAGCACUUAACAAGAGCGUCGAGCUCAAACUGCAACACCAACAAAUCCAGAAAAUGGAGAAGCAACACCGAAAACUGAAAAAAAAAAAACAAGAGACUUAAGGACACGAAACAUCUCUUGGUGGCAUCUCCUUAUUCUUUUUGUACUGUAUCUGUGUUCGAGACUGUCUUUGCCCCAUUUUGUUGUGUCCCUCCUUGGUCCGGGGGACCGGAAUGGACUUGAAAAACGGUAGCAGUUGGAAGGGGGGUGGAAAAGACUAAAAUCUACUAUCUGGCAAGAAAGCCUCUGCGUAUGAGUUUUAUUUAGUUUUUAGUUGUUUUUUUGUUUUUUGUUUUUUGUUUUUGGUUUUUUUUGUAUAUCAAAGUGAAUAUCACUGUUACUCCAAAAUGUUUAGCCUUGUGUCUGAAGAUGCUAGACAUGCAAUGUUACUUGGAUCCUGUAGGAGCCCACCACGGCGGCUCCUGCCAAACCUGUAUGGUAGUUUGGCCAUCGAGUGCCUAUCUGCUGUGGAGACUGUGGCGCCCCCUCCCCCAGCCAGCCCCCCCCCCCCCUCCUCAAAUCUGCAGCAGUGCUUCCCUCCCCCCCCUCCCCCCGGGCAGCCGGGCCCACGCCCGUCUGGACCCUGAGCCCGGUCAGGAGCAGCUGCGUCAGGACUGGCCAAUCAGAACUACUGUGCCAGCGCUCAACCUGGUCUCCCCACCCCCCCCUCUCCCACAUCACGUUAGCUGGAAGCGGAGACCCCCGUCUGGAAUCACCAGUGUUUAUUUGUUGUUGUUUAUUUGUUGCGUCUCCACGCGGUGGUCUUCUGUGGGCAGCUGCUCACUGGCCCCCUCGGCUGCCGGAAUGCAGAAACACUUUUUGCGGGGUAAGAGGUGCCUCAGUGUGCGGGGUGCAAAUGUGGAGUAAUACUGCAGAUUAUCUCUCUCCGUUAUUCCUGCUCUCUCUUAUUGUCCUCUGUUUGUGCUCAUGCUUUGUGUUGAAACCAGUGUUUUUUGUGUUUUUUUUUUGUUGUAAAUAUGUCCUGGUGGUACCUUGAGAUGUAGGUGGGGGGUGUAGCGAUCAGUGGGUCUAGCCCCGCCCCCCCAAGCUGCUCCGCCUGCUCAUUGGCUGGCCUUCCUGCCCCUCCCAUUGCUGCCCCCCACCCCCACCCCCACCCCCCCUCAGCACAGACAUGCCCCCUCCUCUCGGUGCUUUACUGGGGUUCUGAAAGGAAGGACUUAGAGCCCCAACAUACAAGCGGGUAAUUGAUCCCACUCGUUUUUUGUUUUUUUUCUUAAGACAUUAAAAAAAAAGGAAAAAAAAAAGGCUACAGAAAUAAAAAAAAAAGAACGGACUCUGAGCUCUGUUCCUAUGCAAUGAAGAAGAGGUGUGUGAUCGGCACCUCCCCAGUGAUGAAGUGCCAAUCCUCUCAGGAGGCCCCUCCCCCCCCCCCCCCCUGAGCCCGGGACACACUCCUGUGCCCCCCCCCCCCCCAGCUCUUACACGCUCCUGUCUGAGAACUAGGGUAGACCACAAAACUGUCAUACACACUUAUACACACACACGCCUAUCUAUGUACACGCUCACGCAUUCUACAAAUCAGGUGUUACGCAGACGGGGGGUCUUCACUGUUUACUUUCCUGAACAAUGUAUCUUACAUCAGCUUGAUCUCAGGGCAGGGUUAAGGAAACAAUAUUUCUUGUCAUUCAAAAAGGAAAGAGAUUCUGUGGUAAAUGCACCUUCCUGUAUUUUUUUGGUUUGUAAAAAUCUUUUGUGCGGUUCCCGCGCGCGGCUCCUGAGAGCUGCGGUGACGCACGGGAUGCGCUGGGGCUGGCGCCGGUGAAGCCAGGCUGUGUCAGAGGGGCAGGAGGCCAGCAUCGGGGGUCCUGACGUCCUUUUCCCCAAAAGCACCCCAAAGAGGGCAGGCAAGGGGGGGGGGGGGGGCCCGCUGUAGCUUAAGCUGGCGUCUGGAAGGCUCGAUUCCGUUUAAGAGAUUGUCUUUUGAAAAGCGUGUUUUCCGCUCACAAACGUCCUUUCGCUCGCUCGAACCUCGGGCUCGAUGAAAGGGUAGAUUUCUGAGGUUAUGGCAUUGAGGGGGCAAGGUCCAAAAUGGCCGCCCUCACUUUCCCUCGAGUCCUGCGUGCCAAUAUAAUAACUUCUCUCUCCUUUCCUUCCUCUCUAUCUCUCUCUCUCUCUCUCUCGCUCCCCCCCCUCCCUCUCUCUCUCCCCCCCUCUCCCCCUCUCUCUCUCUCUCUCUAAAGCAAUUUGUUCUGCUAGGCUUCAGUGCCCAUUUUUCUGGCGUUUCCUCUUCUGCUACAGAGCACUUUCAUUUUCCGUUGCAAGGCACUUUGAUAGACACUGUGGGUGAGCAGGCGUGAUCUGAGUCAGACGGGUAACACCUCAUCCUAGUAGUUGAGAUAAUCUUGCUUUUAUUGGGGAAGACUCCCUUUGAUUAAAGAAAAAACAAAAAAAAACAUGACAAAUGGAUUCCGUAUGGUUUGGUGCACUGUAAUUGGGUUAUCCCGGGUACAUAUUUUUUAUACCAAAAAAGAAGAAACAUUUUAGUUUCAUUUUUGAAGUUUGACAAAAAAAAAAAAAAGUUAAAUAUAAUGUACGCGUUUCAGCUUUGCACUUCUAGCUGAAACGUUUCUGGUCUCCAAGCCUUUUCUAUCCCAAAUGGCAGACAUUUUGUCCUCCUGGAAGGAGCUGGCAGACCCAACAUGCCUUUAGCGAGUGCUGUAUUGAUCGUAUUCAUUUCCUUCCGCUCAAAGCGGGUUUGCAGAACUGUACAAUUUCACAGGUCCUGGUCUGCGUGUGCCCACUAUCAGCAGGCUCUCCUCUCCUGGUGGGGUAGAGGGAGACGUCUUUAAAUUGGUACUUUAAAUUGGUCUUUUUAAAAAUAUAAAUAAAAGGGGGCCGGGGGGGGGUUUUAAGGCGAUCUUCUGUGACUCAAAAAAUCACCAUCGCCUCUUUCUGAAACUGCCUUGCUUUUAGCUCAACUGGCCGUGGACUUGAGAAUGUCCCACCAGAAUGUCCUACUAGCGUUCUAGUAUUCCGACCUCGGCGUCGGGGCCGAGAGCCUGACCCCUGACCCCCGACCCCUAACCCCCACUGCUGUAGGACACGGGCCUCGUCGCACACGGGCGUCCAGGAUGCCCACUUCUGGAACGUUCCCUUUUAAAAGUCUGUUUUAAUGCAGCUGUAACAAUGUGUACUUCCCCCUCAAUCAUGUACAUAAGGGGGUAACGCUCGGGUGGGGAUAUGCAGAAACUUGAAGGAUCAAGUUAAAAAGAAAAAGAAAAAAAGUAAAAUGACAAAAAAAAAAGGAAAAAAAAAGAAAAUAAAAAAAACCUUUGUAAGGGCCUAGGUAGAUAUGCACGUGUUGAUUCCUUAUGCAUACACAUGCUAGAGCUAAUGUGUGUGUAUAAACAUUUUCUUUCAAUUUAUCAUUCAAUCCCCUCUUCUGCACCCCGAUCCCAUUCUUUUUCUGUACAAAAAAAAAAUACAUUUCCCAGAAGUGAUCAUAAACAUAUCAAAACGAAAGAAAAAAGACAAACACAAAUACUUGAAUCAAGAAGCGCCAAUAAUGUAAUGUGAACACUUUUUUGUAAUUCUUUUGUCUGACUCGUCCACUUCCGAGCUUUUUGACAACACCAGUUCAAGGUUAAUAGUAAAAAAAUAAAUAAAAUAAAAUAAAAAAAAAGAUUGAAAAGAAAAUAAAAAUGCAAAAUGACAUUUGUUGUGUGAAAGUGUUUGCACAAGGUUGUGUGUAUGUGCGUAUGCAAGCAAUUGUGAGUCUGUGCUAUGUCCAUUUCUUUGUUUUUGUUUUGUUUUUGCCUGUCAAAAUAUAUAUGAUGAAUAUUGUUAGUUUCUAACGUUGCACUGAGUGUCUACUGCCCCUCGUUCUGCUCACCGUACAACUUGUAGAGAGGGGAGAUUGUGACAAUUCACGUGUUAAUGUUUACUCAAGGACUUAAUGGAAAAAAAAUGUUUUGUUUUGUUUUUUUUGUCUGUAAAAUGUUUAUCUACCUUAUAGUGGCUUUUAUUGUGGAGUAAUCCAAAAAAGGAUUAUAAUUAUGAGUAUUGCACCAUUUUUUCAGAUUAUAAACAUAAGGAAAAUGUUUAAAAAAAACAAGAAAAAUUAAAAAAUUUAAAUGAAGAAAAAAAAAAAAAUGUUUUCAAAGAACUGUGGCCAUAGGUUGAUGUAGAUGGACUAGAACUCCAUUGUGGAGAUACUGAGCGUGAGGAUGUUUGGUGAGUUUGUUACAAGACUCGUCAGAGGUGCCUACCUUAUUUUCUCUCUUAUUUUUUCUUUUUUUUUUUUAAACGAGGCCACCUGUCGUUUACAAACAAACAUUUCAUUAUUCUGAAGUUCAAGGGAAAGGAAUUUACUAAUGGGUAUGAUGGAGAAAGCAACGGAUGAAUUCUCUUCCAUCAGAUGAAAUACAGAAUGAAGAUUUAUGCUACUUUCAGAACUCUGGGAUUGAUCAGUGUUGUGUUGUAUUUCAUUUUUCAUUUUCUUUUGUCAAUAUUGAUUUUAUGAACAUUCUAAGCCUGUAUUGUUUCAAUUUUGAGUUUUCAAUUUUAUUGUCUUGUGAAAUAAGACAUAAUUUGCUCACUAUCUUGCACACACACACACACACACACACACACACACACAUAUACACACACACACACACACACACACACACACACGCACACACACAAAAGUGGAUAAUGUCUCAGGAAAGCAGGGAUUCCAGAGCACCAACUCCACGCCAUUUUAAUGUACAUUUUUAUGAGAGAAAAGGAUACAGAAAAAAACAACUCCAAGCACUGAAGGUUAUGGAUUUAAGAAGAAAAUUAACUUUGUUUCUAAAUCCGUAGCAGUUACAUAUUUACCAAAUAAUGGACUCGAAAUGAACUUUAAAAAAAGAAAAAAUGGAGUGCUUUAUGUAUAAAUCUAUAUAUUGAAAUUGCUUUACAUUUUAAACAAAAUGAUCAAUGGUUUUGAUUGUUAAAACAGUGAAAUAGCAUACAGAUGCUGUAUGUAUUAAACUUUAUGGUAUUUUCCUAAUGAGGUCCCUUCCUGUAAAAUUCAGGAGAAUUGUGCAUUACUAUGUCUUUCCUUUUCUCUGUCUGUCAUACUCAUUAUUGUUGUGGCAGGUAUUAAACGAGGAAAAAAAAGAUUUUAUGAAAAGAUUUGUUUUCUGCUAAAAUUAGGAAAAAAUAAAUAAAAGCUGGUUUAAAAAGGAUCAUGAUCUAUGCACAAGUGGGGGGUGCUGUCUAGGCCUGCUUUGUGGCUUCUGUCUCUCCCUGGGGUUCUGGACUCAUUGUGUAGGGGUGUGUUUUUGUAGUGUUCAGAGGCCAUAUUGUCCUUUCUUUACCCCCCACUCCCCCCCCCCCCCCCCCCCCCCUCCCCAAUUUAGACAAAUCUUGCAUUACAUCGCCAUGCUGUGUAUUCCUAAACCAAUGAGCUUUCUCCACUCUGCUGAAGCACUGUGGCUUUCCUGAAAGCCCAUGUCUUUCAAGGGUAUCUGUUCUUUUGUUUUAGUAAGGAGUUUGGGGGUGGCGGUUGGGUUGCGCUUUUUGCCUUUAGUUUUGAAAUAUUAAGGAAAAAAAAAAGUCUGUAAUGAGAUUCAAACAAAAAAGUCAGUGGCUUUUGUUUUGUUUUUUUGUUCCUCUUCUCAUAGAAUGUGAUUGUUAAUGACAUGCACCGAAAAAAAUGUUUUCAUCGACUAUGGAGCUUCUUUCAAACUAUUAAUAAAUUACAGUUUUUUUCUUGGCUGUGGAAA